CAAAACCGUGAGCCAAAAGUGAGUUCGAAGAAGAGGCUGGUGCAGUUUUGGGAACCGAAGCAGGAAACUAAAAGUGCAGUCUGCAAUUUUCCAAACUCUAAGAGGAAAGAAAGAGGAUGGAGAGACUAUCUUUUUGAGGCAUUCAAUUCUAUUAUUGGUACAGAGAUAAGAGACAAAAAGAGUUGUCUGGAUAUUAAGGAAUUUGAUACUCAGAAACUGUCAAGAUUUCAUAUUGUAGUAGGUAAGUAUGGAGGAAAAUUGUCAGCUCUGAGCAGAAACUACCAAUUUCAGAAUAGCUUCAAACUUUAUUUCUCUCAUGAUGAACCGUUGGAUGAUUUGUCUAGCACUGAAGCAUUGAAACAAAUGUUUGAUCCUAAAGUUACUGGCAUUAUCGAGAGAACUGAGAAUCUCACUUUGGAUCUUUCUGGAUCAUCAUGCUUGAGGAAUAUUGUGCCUCACUUGGGUGGAAAUGGAUUUAUCUACUUGAAAAGGCUUGAUCUGAACAAAGGACAAUAUGAAUGUCUCAUUGAUUCUACCACCAAUCCUAUUGCUCGACAUGCUUUUGAAAAUUUGGUGUCCAUGAAGUUAAGAGAUCUGAAGUUGAACAAAAUAUGGUACGGAUUUCUUCCACCUUGGUGCUUCAGUCAACUCCAAGAGGUGGAACUUAAUUAUGUAAGUGCUUUGGAGUUUUUGUGGAAGGGGCCAAUCGAACCUCCAUCAUUUUGCAACCUCAGAUCUAUUGAGGUAAGAAACUGUGCUCAAAUUACAAGUCUCUUCUCACAAUCAACAUUGAAAUGUUUGGUGAAACUCCAGAAGUUAGUAGCUUAUGACUGUAAAAAUUUGGAGAGCAUUGUUUUGAGAGAGGAAAAUUUGAAAGAGGAAGUACUUGAACUACUCCAACUCAAAGUCUUGAGACUUAUGUGGACAAACUUGAUGGGUUUCGGCUCCAAAGAUAGUAAGGCCGGGGUUUUUUUUGACCAGGUUUCACUCCCUUGCUUGGAAAUACUAGAGAUAAAUAGUCCUGGUGAUGGCCCCGAACUACUAAUAGGAGGUAAAAUGGCUAGCAGAUCUCUUGGCAACUUAAAAUCUAUGCAUCUCUACCAUGGUGACUUUAUCCGAUGCAUUGCCAAAGCUGAUACUGUUUCACUAUUACAAAACUUGCAAACACUUGAGCGGUGGUGGGGUAAUAUGGAAUUCCUUAUUGACUUUGAGGAUCUAAAAGUUCCUAAUAUGCCAAAAAUGGGACUUGAAAUUCUUCCCAAACUAGAGUCACUGGACUUAUUUGCCUGUACAAGGUUAACCCAUAUUUGGAGGAAUUUUCCUGAAGGGGUUCGAGUAUUCCAAAACUUGAGAAGUCUAUGUGUGUACAACUGCCCUUUAAACUGUUUGUUUUAUCCUCCAAGUGUGGCUACGAUGCUCAUAAGUCUUGAGAAACUGAAAGUUCGUAGGUGCUCGAAAAUGUGUGGAGUUAUAGGUGAGGAAGAUGAAGAGGUCAGCCAAGAAGAUAAUGCUCAGCAACAUGAUGCUGGAAAACAUGGAGAAAUUGCACUGGAAAGAAUCAGCAAGGAAUUUGUGUUUCCUAAAUUAAACUCUUUGUGGUUGGAAGACCUUAAGAAUCUUCGAAACUUUGGUGGUAGUCAUCGGGAGGAUUAUGAGUUUAAAUUUCCCCUGCUCACUAAAUUGUUCAUAAUGAGUUGCCCAAAGUUGAAGAAAUUGUGUUUCGGAAAUUUGGAUGCACCAUUGCUUAAAAAAAUCCAAACAACGUCGAGAGAUAUAGAGAAUUUUGAAGCUCCUGUGGAUUUAAAGGAUAGAGAGAUUUGUCCUGAUUAUGGAGUUGUUUGAAUGGACGUUAAGGAGUCAUCAAGUUGAUUGAGUAAUAUGGGUCCGGCUACUACGAUCUUGACUGGUGGACAAGGCUGUUGGAUAUGGAUGGAAAUCUUAGUUGGGUUAAUACAAUAAGUGUGCAACUUAUAUAAGCAUUAUGUUUUGCCUACUUUUGUCCUUGAUUUUCUAAUAAUAAGUGUAUUCUAUGUAUUGUAUAAUGGCCUUACACAAUAAAUGUAUUGUCUGUAUUGUAUCAUGACU